UGCAAUUCAGAGCUUUUUCUUCAAUUGAUCAUCGACGGAGCUUUGUGUGGAGAAGCAUACACACGAUGUCCUUUUGCUCCUCUGUGUCAUCAUCUCCGCAGUCUCUGUCUAUCUUCCCCAAAUCUUUCCGAUCUUCUAAGCCUUACAGUCCUCGUAUCUCUGCUUCUGCCGAUGUACCUGACUUUCUCUCUGCUAAUUGGCUUGAAUCUCGUAGGAAAAAGCCAUUUGGUCCAAGAUUAUGUUUUAGUGCAGAAGAAGCAGUUCAAAACCAGCUUGAUGCAUUGAAGUACAAUGACCAACCUCAUCACGAUUAUGGAGUUGAAGUCAUGUACAGAUUUGCUGGAUUUGAUCCUUUUCAAAGGUCUACCUACUUCGGACGCUUUUUUGACUUGGGUCAGUUUGAACGAUUCAGGCGAAUAUUUCAUCAUUCAACUUAUAGGGUAUUACUUGGCCAUCAGGAGAGGGAGAUUUUGAGCAGUUUGCAUGUAAAUGAGACUCUGUAUAAGCAGCGUGUUUGGGUCCGUGGCACUCGACCUGAGGAAGAAGAAAUUUUCCAAUUUACCAUGGUUCAGCGUGUUGGCGGGUCUUGGGAUGGCUACUGGCUGACAGAAUCUGUGCUUCAUGAUGGCGAUACUUUCUCUGGUGGUGUGGCUUACUGAACUAGUAUCCACAGUACCUUGGAAAUCAAUGUGGUUUCAUUAUAACUUCACUGCUGUGAGUACAAGUAAUAUACAGUAUCAUUAUAGUUCAGUUGCUUACCAUCUUCGUUGUAUCAAGAAAAGACUGGUCAAUCAUGUAUAUAGAAACUUGUACAUUUUAUAGAAUGUAACAAGCAAAUAUUUAUUCUGAUAAUGCAUCAAACAUCAGUAUUUCGCCA